UCCUCCAAAUCCCUAUCUAACUCCCAGUUGCUCGAUACGGUGAAACAAAGUGUCCCUGCCUUUCAAUGGCGUCUUCUUUCCCAUCGAUCUUAAACCAACCACAAUGCGCUCUUCUUUGCAUCAGAAUUCAAAAACGGUGCUGUCUAAGCCUCAAAGUUCUCUCUUCAACUCCCCGGCCUUCUUUCAAUUCACGUUGCUAUCGCCGUCUCGUGAUUCGUCAACUCAAGCGAAGCUCUUGUCUCAAUCUCUGUAGAAACUUCUCCCAGUCAUCCAGUCUUGCUGAUGGUCCCUCACUUCACCACUUCAUCGCCCAUGCUUCACUCACUGACUCCCUGCCCCUGCCCCUGCCCCUGCCCGAUCUUGUGCCGGCUUCUGAAGUUCCUUCAGUGCCUGAUUCUGACAUCCCUACCAGAGGUCGUAUAUAUCAGGAGACAUAUGGUUGUCAAAUGAAUGUAAAUGAUAUGGAGAUUGUCCUUUCCAUCAUGAAGAAUGCUGGAUAUAAUGAAGUUGUCAAUGUUCCUGAGAGUGCUGAGGUCAUUUUUAUCAACACUUGUGCUAUAAGAGACUAUGCUGAACAUAAAGUAUGGCAGAGGCUUAAUUAUUUUUGGUUUUUAAAAAGGGAAUGGAAGAAAAAUGUUGCUACAGGAAGAUCACAGUCUCUGCACCCUCCAAAAAUAGUUGUAUUGGGAUGUAUGGCUGAGAGACUAAAGGAAAAGAUACUGGAUUCUGAUAAGAUGGUUGAUGUGGUGUGCGGUCCUGAUGCUUACAGGGACUUGCCACGUUUAUUAGAAGAGGUAGACUAUGGUCAGAAGGGGAUCAACACUCUUCUUUCACUUGAGGAGACUUAUGCUGAUAUUAGUCCCGUUCGAAUCUCAAAAAAUUCAGUUACUGCUUUUGUAUCAGUGAUGAGGGGUUGCAAUAAUAUGUGCUCUUUUUGCAUUGUUCCUUUUACUAGAGGUAGAGAGCGGUCACGUGCAGUGGAAUCAAUCGUGAAGGAGGUUGCAGGGCUUUGGAAAGAAGGCGUGAAGGAGGUAACACUUCUCGGGCAGAAUGUAAACAGCUAUAAUGAUACAUCCGGAUUUGAAAAAGAAGUUGAACCAGGAGCUAAUUGGAGAUUUAGUGAAGGUUUUUCCAGCAUGAGUAAGGUGAAAAAAAUGGGUUUACGUUUUGCUGAUCUCUUGGAUCGACUUUCCACAGAGUUUCCUGAGAUGAGAUUUAGAUACACAUCUCCACACCCUAAAGAUUUUCCUGAUGAAUUACUAUAUAUAAUGCGAGACAGGCACAAUGUUUGCAAAUAUAUUCAUUUGCCUGCCCAAACGGGGAGUAGCACAGUACUUGAAAGAAUGCGUCGGGGAUAUACCAGAGAGGCAUACUUGGAUCUUGUGCAAAAGAUACGAAGAAUUAUUCCAGAUGUGGGAUUAAGUAGUGAUUUUAUUUGUGGUUUCUGUGGGGAAACAGAGGAAGAACAUGCAGACACGCUGAGCCUAAUGAAAGCUGUUGGUUAUGAUAUGGCAUAUAUGUUUGCGUACAGUAUGCGAGAGAGAACCCAUGCCCAUAGGAAUUAUGUUGAUGAUGUUCCUGAGGAAGUUAAGCAGAGGAGGCUUACAGAACUUAUCGAAGCAUUUCGUGAGAGUACAGGUCAGUUUUAUGACUCGCAGGUGGGAACCAUCCAACUUGUGCUGGUUGAAGGACCUAACAAGAAAGCUCCAGAUACAGAGCUUAUUGGCAAAAGUGAUAGAGGCCAUAAAGUUUUGUUUACUAAUCUGCCAUUGCCAGACAGAGAUGAUGGUCAGAGUGAUAAGCGGAACCCAAUUGUUGGUGACUAUGUAGAAGUUCGAAUAUUGAAAUCUUCACGAGCAUCACUCUUUGGAGAGGCACUUGCUAUAACUAAAUUAAGUUCAUUUUACAACGUGUAUGAAGAAGCCUUUGCCUAUGCAAGUAGAAGUUGAAACGUCACUGCCUCUGGAUGUGCCUGCUAUUUUACAUUUCAUAUAAUUAGUUCAAGAUAGUAAUUAUUCAUAUUUCGCAAUGGUGGAGCAGCUUCUUGCUGAGGUAUCAAGAAUCUUGUUUGAAAGUCAAAACUAAGUUUGAUGUAAUUAUGCGUUAGGUUGGCCGCGCCAUGAAAGGAUUUGGGGGCCUGAGGAAAUGCAUUAUUGAACAAAGCUUUGAAAGGUCACUGUCCAGCAGCUG